AUGAUACCUUAUAACAAAAAGAAGAAAAAGAAUGAGAGAGAAAAAAGCUAUAAAGUAAAAAAAGUAAGUACUCAGGAAGUUUCUCAAUACCCACACAUUCUCAGCUUGCCUCAACAAGAAGUGGAGAGGAUAAUUGAAUUACAUUGCCAACAAAGUAUACAUGUCGAGUUUUCAAAAGAACAAAAAGCAAGAACAAGAAGAAAUAAGUUGAGAUAUUUAGGAAAAGUGGGAAAAAUUCACUUUACCACUGCCAUCCGAAGACAAAUAGUGUUUGGGAGUGAAAUGGAAAAUAGAAUUAAGAGACCACCUUACCAAUGA